UAACCGGAGAAUUUCUUUUUUUAUUCGAGCAGUCAUUGGUGGUAGUCAACUGACUGUUACAUUCCCCAUGACCUCAGACUUAUAACUGUCAGGAAAUUGCAACUAAUUAGCACACCCAGAAUAGUUCAAUCCACAAAAAAAUAAGUGAGAAAGCAAAUAAAUUUCAACAUUUCACUCUCACCGGAAACAAUUCGUCAGACUCGUCAAUGAAAUUUGUUCUUGCGUGUUUGCUUCUGAUAACAAAUGUCCCACUUCUUAAAAAAAAGUGAUAAUCAUUUCCGAGGCCCGAACAUUCUUCAGCCCAUCGUGGAAAGCCUACGCCCGUAUAAUCACCAGUGCAUUGUCCCUCGUAGGAGCCGCCAAAUUGUGAUCGAGGUAGGGAUGUUACAUGCUGUCGAUACGGCAGCAAGAAUCAAGCUGACAGUCAUUCACCAGCCGACGAGACGUUUAUAAUCAUUGCGCUACUGUUCCCCAAGUUCAUUAGCAUAACGAGGUAAACACGUGUUGUUUAACACACUCGCAGGUAAAUCAUACGCUCAUGCCAGGCGCGCUGUGCAUCAGAAUCAAGUGAUCCUGUACCCCACCACCACCAGCGAUGGUGGAAGGAGUCCCCAGGAAGUGAAGUGAUCGGUUCACGUAUUUUAUCCACGUCUCGGUGAAAUUUAUAUCGUCAGCAUGGGAAAUUGCUGCUCAUCUUGCUCAAGAUUCAGGGCCAUCUUCCGACCUGGUGUCGACGAAACACCGAUGAAGGAUGUCUGCACGAGUCCAGAGUGCCUGCCAAAGCCACCGACAUCGUCGGAGAAUGGGGGUGACUGGGGGAUACCCAUGCUGACGGUCCUCCGGGUGGAUCCUUGUAUUGACGAAAAUGGCGAGGCGCACAGGACCUCGCGGUAUGAGCUGAUGAACCGUGAAGGGGUCAAUGCCAGGUUGAUCGUCCGCCGGGGUCAGGAGUUCUUCGUGCGGCUGCAUCUCAACCGGGAUUACGAUCCUACGGUGGACGGUAUCUCCCUAGUCUUCACUCUCGAUGGUGUUAAAAAGCCGAAUUAUGGUAACGGGACGUUCGUGGUGACGCCUCUCCUCAAUUUUGGAGAAGUCUCCGAAGGCGCGUGGCAGGCGUCUCUCGACUCUCUCGAGUCGAAUUCAAUCCGGAUAAAAAUAAUGUCACCCCCCGAUGUGCUAAUAGGGAAAUGGAAAAUCGACAUUGACGCGAAGCGCAAAAAUUCGUCAGGUGCCAUAAGCUUCAGCGUCAACGAGCCCUUCUACCUGAUAUUCAACGCCUGGUGUCCAGAUGACCCGGUGUUCAUGGAAGGUGAGGAGGGUCGUCAGGAGUACGUCAUGGGGGAUACGGGCCUUAUCUGGCGCGGGAGCUACAGGCAGAUGCGGCCAACAAUCUGGAAAUACUCCCAAUUCGAGAAGGACAUCCUGGACUGCUCCCUCUACCUGAUGACCAACGUGGGGAAGGUCCGUGUAACCGGCCAGAAUGAUCCUGUCACGAUAACGCGGGUGCUCUCGGCCGCGGUCAAUUCCCCAGACGACAACGGGGCCGUCAUGGGCAACUGGUCCAACGACUUCGACGGGGGAACACCGCCGACCAAGUGGCUGGGAACCCAGAAGAUCCUCCAGGAGUUCUGGAAGACCAGACGCCCGGUGAAGUACGGCCAGUGCUGGGUGUUCGCCGGGGUCCUGGCCACUGUCUGCCGGGCCCUGGGGAUACCCUGUCGGGUCGUGACGAAUUACUCCAGUGCUCAUGACACCCAGGGCAGCCUCACCGUCGACUACUUCGUGGACGCCGAGGGGAAGAUCAUGGAGGAGUUGAACAGCGACUCGAUCUGGAAUUUCCAUGUAUGGGAUGAGGUUUGGAUGAAGAGAUUGGAUCUCGGCCCGGAAUACGCUGGAUGGCAGGCCAUCGAUGCCACUCCACAGGAAUUGAGCGAGGACGCAUACAGAUGUGGACCUGCGUCAGUUGCCGCUGUCAAGAGAGGUGAAAUUCAACGGCCUUAUGACAAUGGUUUUCUCUUUGCUGAGGUCAACGCUGACAAAGUUUUUUGGAGAUACAAUGGACCCACUCAGCCCCUCAAAUUGAUCAGGAAAGAUAUCUAUGGCAUCGGAAGGCAGAUAAGCACAAAGGCAGUGGGCUCAUGGACACGCGAGGACAUAACCCACAUGUACAAAUACCCCGAAAAAUCCGAUGACGAACGCGAAGCGAUGCUGAAAGCCCUCCGCCAAAGUGAAUCCCUCUUCAGUCGGUAUUACCUCAAUGAGGAGUUUAACGACGUUAUGUUUAAUUUUGAAUUGCAAGAUGACAUUAUCAUCGGCCAGCCAUUUAGUGUCAUUCUGCUGAUUAAGAACCGAAGCAGUGAGUUUGAAUAUAGAGUAUCGGUUAUUUUACGAGUGGAGGUGGUAAUGUAUACGGGUAAAGUUGGCGGACCAAUCAAGAGAAUGGAGGUGGAUAGAAUAGUCAAGCCUGGGGAUCUGGAGGAGGUGAGAUUGAAUGUCUCGUGGGAGGAAUAUGGCUCGAGAUUGCUCAAUCAGUGCGCCUUCAAUAUUGCGUGUUUGGCAACUGUCAAAGAUACAAAUUUUGAGUACUUCGCGCAGGACGAUUUUAGGGUGGAAAAACCAAGGAUUGAUAUUGAGAGGAGAACAAAUGCGGUCGUCAACGAAGUCCUUGAAGCAACAGCGAGCUUCACAAAUCCCCUCCCCGUACCCCUGAAAAAAGGACAAUUUCUGGUAGAAGGUCCAGGACUGGAGAAACAACUGAAAAUAAAACUCUCCGGGAGCGUUCAACCUGGCGAUGAUGCCACCUGCACUUUCUCCAUGACUCCAACACUCGAGGGUAGAUCGACGAUUGCCGUCAAGUUCCACUCGAGGGAGCUGGACGAUGUCGACGGAUUCCUCAACUUCAUGGUGAAGCCGGCGCAAUACUCGAAUAACGGAUACUCGUAAUCCCGGGGAGAUGAUCUUGACAUCAAAUAUUUUUCAUUAGGGUCAUUACGAUAGCCAAGUACUUACGUCUAAACAAAUCUUUUUCUUGUUCAUCAAAAACCAAAGUAAUGAUUUAUACCGCCUAACCCUUGCGUCGUGAUUAAUCAGGUAUUUAUACUGAAAUGUCUUACAAUUUUAAUUCUCGUCACGUGAAAUGUUAAGUGAAAAAUGUGAUACGUCGAAAUCCUGCCGCUUCACGUCGAGUCCAUCGACGAAAUAUGAUAAGUUAGCUCUUCAAUUCGUGAAUGUAAUGAUGAUAAUAAAGGAGAUUGAUAUUUCUUUCACUGUA